CGGAGAAGUCAAUUUCUCUCUAUUUCCACCAGUUAAAUACUGGAGGAGAAGGUUUACUUUGCUUGUAAUGUAAAACACUCAAACAAAUACCCAAUUCAAGCUCUCUUCUUUACGAGGGGAAGAAAUCAAGCUUCAACGUUUCGAUUCCCCCAUUUCUUGUUUUACGCAGGAGUCUUUUAGGGUGAUAACAUAACUGAGGCCUCCAACAAGACACAUACAUCUGCGCCAGCAGGCAUGGAUAAAAAUGCUACUGUAGAGGAGACACAGAGUUUGAGAAAUGGGCUUGAGUUGGUGAAAUCAGCUUCUGAGAAGCAUCCUGAUCUUUUGAGACCUUCUGCUCGUUACUAUUCAGUAUUUAAAGGGCAAGCACAGGAUGCUGCAGGAAAGGGCAAGUAUACUCUUAUCAAAGAUGUGGAGGACUUCCAACCAGGGAUUUACGACAAGCCUCUUCCAUGCUUUGGCUGUGGGAUAGGGUGGUUCUCUUUUCUUCUAGGAUUUGUGUUUCCAUUGAUGUGGUACUAUGCAACAAUUCUUUAUUUUGGAAAUCACUACCGCAAAGAUCCCAGGGAGAGAGCCGGCCUUGCUGCCUCUGCAAUUGCUGCAAUGGCAUGUUCUGUUGUGUUGCUGAUCAUUGUAGCUUAUCUUCUAUUUUAGACACAGUUAUCACAAUCCGACAUGCUCUGUACAUCCCAAGGAAAGGAUUUUCUUUGAAUUGCAUCAUUAUCUGGUUCUGGAUGCUUUGGCAGUGAUGGAAGUAACAAGUUCUGCUGCAAUAGCAUACAUUAUGGAAAACUUUCCUGUCUUAUCUGUUGGGCAUCCCUGUGAAGUUUGGAGAUACCAAAGAAAUUUCUUGUUUAUAGGAAUCCAUGCAAGAAAAUUAUAGUUGUCUUCACCUCGUGUAUUGAACUUUUGUUUAUAUGUCAAAAGUAUGGAAGAAAUUUCAUUAAAUUGAAUAAUAAUUUGUUUCUUCAUCAAAUUGAAUAAUUUGUUGCCUUGUUU